AUGGAUCAGAAAGGAAAGUCAGCUUCAAAUGUGGUGAUCUACUCAGGAUGCUUCAAUGGCCAGAAGCGCAAUUACUGUUGCCCCACGGAUCACGUUCCGAAUUGUCACUGGGCUCGGCUCCCCUAUGCCGUAGCCAUUCCUGCUCAAAGGAAGAAGUUCAAGUCGCAACCGAUCAAUCUGCCACGGGCCAUAGCUGUUGGUUCAACCAUAAAUCGUUAUGCUGUACUUCGACGUCAUCCGAUGCAGCAGUUGGACAGUACAUCCACUAACAGAGUCGAAAUAGAAUGGUCAGGCUCUGCACCAGACUGUGUAAAAGGUGACAAUCAUGCUGGUUGUGCUUCAGAUUAUCCUGAGUACUUAACAGAUAGCAUAGAUGAGCAAGAUAGAGAGGAUGAAAAGUUUGUGCUGUACAGACCCCGUUCCUUAUCAGAACUGCUCAUGGACGACUCGUGCCCAUACAAUUCUCGCUCCGUUCACUUGCAAUACAGCUUGUCCUGCCGCUGUGAUACCUUCAACCAGCAGACUUCAUUAAGCUGUAUUGCCACUCAAGGUAACGAAGACUAUGACCUCCCGCAACUCUGUGAAAGAGAUGACUGCUACACAGUGCCAAAGUUACAUAGUAAAGAGUUCCGCGAGCUGUUAUGGUCAAUAGGCAAUGCGACAGAGGAGGAUUCUGAUGAAAUAUUUGGUGGUCUGUUCCCGCGCGCUCGCAAACCCAAAAUUUGCCAAAACAAGAAAACUAUCAGCACCUUCAAAGCGAAAAAUUAUCCCAGUGUUGGAACCCUGUCUGCCACGCGGCAGUUCUACGGGGUGGUCAAGUCUGGCGCAAAGACUGCCAUCUGUAAUGGACUGCCAAUAACUCUUGGAAAGCGAAUCCUGGGCACCAAUUACAUGGUCGAACAUGUUACCGAACUUCAAACCCCAGCUCAAUUUGCCACGUGCAUGCUUUCUGGGAAGCUUUCUAGUGGUGCGGCUGCUCCGGGAGCCGCAUCGAACUAUGACUGGACCCAAGUCUUCUCUCAGAAUGGCUACUUUUUCCAGACUUGGGCCCAGCUAGGAGUCACACAACCUACUGGCCUGACUGGAGAUACCCCUGUAGAGGCUAUUGCUAAUGCAUUGGGAAGUACCGCUGAUAUUAGCAAUCUUCAAAUCUUGGACGCUCCGACGAACGGGCUCAAAGCCGCUGCCUGGCAAUUGUUCGACAACAUUAUCUCGCCAAAGAGAUUCAGUGCGGAGAGUGCACAAGGAAAAGUCGACAUGAUCAAUCGUCUUUACGAUACUCUGCCAGGAUACCUGAACAGUGCCGAUGUACAAGAUUCUUUGGAGUAUGGCUAUAAAGUAAUCAAGGCAGCCAUGGGGGCCCUCGACCAAGCUGCGCAAAAUAACCCCAAUGUUAACGGCAUCACAGCCUCCUCGUUCGAAGACGCAUGGAUAACUUACUCGAAAGACUUCUUCGAGCAAAUGCAAGGGAACCUUCAGGAUUUCGUGACGGCUCGUAUCAAUGAGGUUACCAAGUACUGGAGUUCAAGUGCCGCGACCAAAGCCUUUACCAAGGCUGGGGCAGCGGCAGUUGCGAAAGCACUUGGCGAGAAGCUGAGCGGCGUGUCUACGGAUGUUGUCAUAGACAGCAGCUUCGUUCAGUGAUCACUAUCCAUUUUUGAUGUGGGUGGUACAAAUGGGAUUAUCCUGCCAUGUCGCGUAUCAUAUGA